AUGAGUGGUCCGCGACAGCCGCGUGCUACAAAUCGAUUACCCAAAAUCGUUCCUAAGGCCCGUCUCCCGGGAAGGUGCUGUGUUGUGGCACCGAGAGGCCGAGAAAUUGUGCCGUCCUCUGACCAGUUGAGCCGUGCCGCAUACAGUAUUGGGCUACUCCGCCUGCAUGAAUUUUUGCAACUUUCUUUUUUAUUACUUCAGCAGUUUUGGUCUUUGCUCUACAACGAAAUAAUGAACUCUGAGAAACGUGGCAUUUUCAGUGAUGGUGUCAUCUUCAUUGGCCUUUGUGUUAUGUGCGCUGGUAUUCUACUAAUGGCUAUAAAACUAUGUUAUAACUAUGUUCGAAAUUUCCCCGUCAGAAAGGACAGUGAGGAGCAUUUCAAACUAAUACAUUUCAAGCAGCGUAUCUCCAUGGAGAAAGGAGUAUAG